UUUCUUUUUCUUCUACAAAAGCGACAAUUCCAGUGAAAAGUUCAAAAUGUCUGGCCAUCUUCGUGGAAUGACCGUCUCUAUAUCGAGAACACAGCUGUGUGUGUUUGGCGUGUGGCUGUGGCUCCUGUGUUGUCCGGGCGUCUUUGGUACAGCUGGUGCAGAUGGGAAUGACGGUGCGGAGUCCAACUCUUCCCCGAAACAAAUCUUAACGCGUCUCCGAGAUGGAGUCAUACUGUGCAGAUUAAUCAACAAGCUAUCGGUUGUUGAUGGGAAGUCGAAGGUUACCUAUAUCAAGAAAGUCUCAUCUCCAGUGGCUGCUUUGGUCAAUAUUAACAAUUUCUUAGCUGGUACCAAAAAGUACGGACUUGAUCAGGAAUACCAAUUUCUUGCCAAACUUCUUUGGCAGAUGAACUUUGAAAAGGCCCAGCCCAUCUUCAACUGUCUACACCAUCUGGGACUUUUGGCCAACAGUAAAGGCUUUGUGCCGUUGUAUACGGACGAAUUAACGUCAUGGGCAGCAUAAAAACCAGGCCUAUGUCACGUGGUUUUCGACAGACCUCUCCUUUGAUGCCUGUUGAAUUGAAAAUACAACAUCUGCAUGUCUUGGAGAAAUCACCUUUUUGGGGAGGAUGUUUUUUUGUGCGU